AUGGCAAGAGCUGGUGGCUUAGGGAUAAACCUUGCAACUGCUGACACUGUUAUCAUAUAUGACAGAUAUUAUGUGGUAGUUCCUGACUUCAUACGAGAACCCUUUGUGCUUGAAGAUAUUGCUAAUAAUCCUCUAGAAGUUUGGUUGAAGGAUCAUGGAACGGAUAAAGGAUUUGAGGAGGCAAAGUCAAUAAUUGAAACUUUGAAAAGUAAAGGUGCUUCUUCAAUAGGGGCUGCAAGCUUUUGCUGGGGUGGUAAGGUUGUGGUUGAACUUUCAAAAGUUGAACUUAUCCAAGCUGCAGUGAUAUUACAUCCUGCAUGGGUAACAGUGGAUGAUAUCAAGGGUGUUAAGGUUCCCAUUGCAGUACUAGGAGCUGAGAUUGACAACAUUGCUCCACCCGAACUCUUAAAACAAUAUGAUGAGGCCUUAACUUCUCAAUCUAAGGUAGGAAGUCAUUUAAGAUUGUUACCUAAGAGUAUCCACAGCAGUGGAGCUAAAAAUAUAGUUAUUUGCAAUCUUGGAACAAUGUGA